AUGAAACCAGGAAACCAAACAAGUACUUUAGAAUUUUUACUUCUGGGGCUUUCCCAAGAUCCAGAGCAUCAACCCAUGCUAUUCGGACUGUUUCUGCUCAUGUUUGUGGUCACUGUGCUUGGAAAUCUGCUCAUCAUUCUGGUCGUCAGCAUUGACUCUCACCUGCAUACUCCCAUGUACUUCUUCCUAUCUAAUCUGUCCUUUUCUGACAUUUGUUUCAUCACAACAACAAUCCCUAAGAUGUUAGUGAACAUCCAAACACAGAGCAAGUCCAUCACCUAUGCAGAAUGCAUCACCCAGAUGUAUUUUUUCAUGGUCUUCGCAGGCGUGGACAUAUUCCUCCUCUCUGUGAUGGCCUAUGACCGAUUUGUGGCCAUCUGUCACCCCCUACACUAUCCAGUCAUUAUGAAUCCUCAUCUAAGUGGCUUGUUGGUUCUUGUAUCAUGGUUUAUUAGUUUCUCAUACUCUUUGAUCCAGAGUCUGUUGAUGCUACGGCUGUCCUUCUGUACCAAUCAGAUAAUUAAACACUUUUAUUGUGAACAUGCCACAGUCCUCACUAUAGCCUGUUCAAACACACUAAUCAAUUAUAUCAUUCUUUACAUACUGAUAUGUGCCCUUGGCUUUGUUCCUUUCUCAGGGAUCAUUUAUUCCUACUUUAAAAUUGUUUCCUCUAUUUUGAGAAUCCCAUCAACAGAUGGAAAAUAUAAAGCAUUUUCUACCUGUGGGUCUCACCUAUCAGUGGUUUCUUUAUUCUAUGGGACAGGCCUUGGGGUGUACCUUAGUUCUGAUGCAUCUUCCUCUUCUGAGAAGGGCAUGGUGGCCUCAGUAAUGUAUACAGUGGUCACACCCAUGUUGAACCCUUUCAUCUACAGCUUGAGAAACAAAGACAUUAAGAAGGCUUUACAAGCACUUAGGACAAUACUUUUUUUAGGUGAUAAGUUCACUUGCUUCAGUAUUCUGAGAUGA